AUGGCGAGAUCCGGCGCCGACGUACCGUCAACGAAUGGGGUUUUCCUCAACCAGGCACCGCCCCAGUCGGGACAAGCUCUAAGCUCCCGGCCGGUCUCCAGGCUUGUUGUCAGUGUGUGUGUGUGUGUAAGGGAUGAGGAUAGGACAAGAAAGAGCGCGCGCGGGUACUACCCCGGCAUUCGCCUGCGUUUGGCUAUCUCGAUUGCGCGGAUGUCUUUGAUCGUAAAUAUUUACUACAUUAUUAUUGUUAUUAUUAUUGUUGUUGUUGUGGUGGUUGUGAUUGUUGGUGUGUGUGUGUGUGUGUGUUGCAGGAGCGAUGGGCGGGUCGUCGAGUUCGCAGGCGUCGGCGACGGCGGCGGCGGCGGCGGCGGCGGCGGCGGAGCCGGGCUCGGACGCGAUGCGCGAGGCGCUGCGAGCGCUGGAGGCGGUGGUGGCGGAGCGCGCGCAGCACCACGCCGAGGAGCGCCACGCGCGCGACCUGGCGGAGCUCCGGCGCCAACUCGAGGCCGCCGCCCACCUCGCGGACGAGCGCUGGGAGGCCCGGCUGCAGGGGGCGCUGCGCGCGGCCGAGCUCCAAACCGCACAGGCGCAAUUCUGGCUUCAGAUUCGAAUUCAGCGCGUCCACUUUCAUAG